UCGUGUUUCUCUCUGGAAGCUUCCAUUCUAUUCCUAUCACCCUUUUAAAUACCGAAAAUGCACCCCGCUACUCAGCACAGAACGAAGCUGCCAUCGAUAACAUAUCACACUUGAGACAGUUAUCUUUAUCUACGCAAGAGAAGAAUAGAAAAUGGAUAUCAGGUUGAUGGAUUUGGACUCUCCAUUGUUCAACACUCUGCACCGAAUCAUGGAUCUGACAGAGGACGCAGAGAAGAACUUGAACGCUCCGACGCGGACAUACGUGCGCGACGCGAAGGCAAUGGCUGCGACUCCUGCGGACGUGAAGGAGUACCCUAACUACUACGUGUUCGUGAUCGACAUGCCAGGCCUGAAAUCCGGGGACAUUAAGGUGCAGGUGGAGGAUGAUAACGUGCUUCUGAUAAGCGGCGAGAGGAAGAGGGAGGAGGAUAAAGAGAAAGAAGGGGCUAAGUAUUUGAGGAUGGAGAGAAGGGUUGGCAAGUUCAUGAGGAAGUUCACGCUUCCCGAGAAUGCCAACACCGAUGCUAUCUCUGCCGUCUGCCAAGACGGUGUGCUCACUGUCACUGUCAACAAGCUGCCUCCACCUCAGCCCAAAAAGCCCAAGACCAUAGAGGUUAAGAUCGCCUGAAUUAAUUUCUUCGUUUGCACUGAGACCUGCUAUCAUUUCCUCUUUUCCUUUUGUGUGUGCCAAUGCUUUUCUAUCUUUCCGUCUCUGCUUAUGGUCAUGAUAUGACACUGUAGUUUGAUCAUGGAUGAUAUAAUGCAUGCUUUUGUAUGAAUUUUUAAUUUCCUAA